UCUCCUUGAUCAUGCCUGUCUUGCUUUACCUCCAUGUCUUCCUAAGCUUCUUGCGGGUGGUCUGUUCCUUCUGCCCAUCGCAGUGCACCUGCACAGACCACAACAGCUCCGAUGGGACAAAAUCGAGAUCUGUGCUGUGUGACGACCCAGACAUGUCAGACAUUCCGACCAACAUCCCCAUGGACACGGUUAAGCUGCGCGUGGAGAAGACGGCCGUCCGCCGCAUCCCCGCCGAGGCCUUCUACUACCUGGUGGAUCUACGCUACCUCUGGGUGACCUACAAUGCCGUGGCACUGGUGGAGCCCAGGAGCUUCUACAACCUGAAGGAGCUGCAUGAGCUUCGGCUGGAUGGCAACCAGCUGAGCUCCUUCCCGUGGGAAGCGCUCUGCGAGACGCCCCGCCUGCGAACGCUCGACCUCCACAACAACCGACUGAGUGGCGUGCCUGCUGAGGCCGCCCCCCUGCUGGUCAACAUCACCUACCUGGACCUGUCCAGUAACAAGCUCUCCUCGCUGUCCCCUGACCUCGUGGAUAUCUGGCCCCCCUUCUCUGGUGUGAUACGGAGCUCCCAUGCCUCCCAAAAAGUGGUACUUGGGCUUCAAGACAACCCUUGGGUCUGUGACUGCCGGAUCUCCAAGCUGAUUGAGCUUUCCAAGAUGACGGAAACAUCAGUGGUACUGCUAGACCAGCUCCUGCUCUGCAGUGGGCCCGAAAACCUGGCCGGCGUGCUGUUCUCUCGGGUCGAGCUGGACCGGUGUCACAAGCCAACGGUCAUGACCUCUGCUACCAAGAUCACAUCGCCCCUGGGCAGCAAUGUGCUUCUGCGCUGUGAUGCUACAGGUCUUCCAACCCCCAGCCUCAUCUGGACCAGGUCCAACGGCUCGACCGUCAACAGCACAGUUGUUCAGGAAUCUCCUGGCGAGGGUGUCAGAUGGUCUGUUAUCAGCCUCAAUGGAGUACAGUACAGAGAUGCUGGGGACUAUCGCUGCAAGGCCAAAAAUUUGGCUGGGACAGUAGAGGCAUCCAUCACUCUCACUGUAGCAGGGGAUACAGACGCACCUGCAAGCGGAGGAGGAUCCGCCCAGAAGUCUGGUGUGGAAAAGGAGAGACAGGCGGACGCGGUGCCGGUGACCCCCAUCGCCACCCAACAUACCACCACCAGCACCCUUACCACCACCCUGUCCCCACCCCCCACCAAGAAACAGCCCCCUUCACUGGACGGCCAACAAGGGUCGCCUGCCAAAAUGCAUCGGGGGAACCUCAACGGAAUGCCGCCACAGGAUGAGAAUUCCAAAGGGAACAGCACCAGGCUUGCCUUACAGAAGCCGUCCAUCAAGAACAUCCAGGUUGUUGAGGAGAACACUGACAGCGUGGUGCUGGUGUGGAAGGUGGAUGUGGUCCCUGGCAACGUGCCGCUCACCGUAGUGUACUCCCCAUAUGAGGGGAAGGUGAAACAGACGGUCACCACUGAGGUAGGUAAGGGAAAGCUAGCUUUGGAGGGUCUGAAAGCCAACACCAUGUACAUGGCUUGCCUAAUCGUCAAAGGGGGACAGUCAAGGCGAGACCAGUGCGUGAGCUUCUCCACAGCCAAGGAGGUGGCAGAGGAUGGCACCGGUCCGACGCUGAUGAUCAUCAGCAGCUUUGCAUGCGUCCUUGCCCUGCCCAUGAUAGCUCUGCUGGUCUACAAGAUCCUGUCUCUGUUUUGCAAGCGCAGGAGACGCGCGAGGGAGAACGAUCUCUCCAGGGAGACUUACGUGAAGUUCGAGACGCUGUCUCUGAAGCCAAGGACAGCAACCAAUCAGGCCACAGAACUGUGGAGACACAGACAGGGGCAGGAGUCAGAGAGGAUGCUCCUGUGCUCCAGGUCCAGCAUAGACUCCCAAGGAACCUGCAAAAGCGGAGGUUGCAAAAUGGAGUUCUUCUGCUAGCCAGGGUACCUACACUGUCGGUACUCAAGUCAUUGAACACUGUUCAUGUGGAUCCUCGCAUACAUGGAUUGAUAUGUUUGGUGACCAGUUUUAAAUGUUCUUAAUCGAGCCUUAAUUUUGAUGCAAACCUUCAACUUGUUGUCCUAGCUCACCGUCACUUUGUUUAACUUUUCCGUGAUUAUUUGUGAAAAUGUUGAGUUAACCUCUUUUUAUAUCAGAGUUAUUUUGCAUGUUGGGUGUUUCCCAGCAUUGCAAAAAAAAAGCACGUAUUCCUCAGCUGUGAUAAACGGAUCUUACUGUAGACUGAGGGGAAGUAGAAGAGCAGCAAUGGAAAAGGUUUUAUGCUGCGUUCAGCUGGGGUCUUUGAAAUGAGGAUGGAAAUCUUACUCAAGGUGCAACUGUACAAGACCUCCGGAAAGGGGUUAGAAGUGGUGGGAGACUGAUUUGUCUGAGAAGUGAAAGUGUGAAAAAUAAAGAGGUGUGCGUGUAUGUAUAUAUAAAGUCACUAUCCCAUAAUGCAUUUCUGCCCUACUGGUGACAGCCGGGUGACUGAUGUGUCUGCCAGCACACGCUGUGCCGGUCUAUAGUCGGCCCCGCGGCGCGAUUGUGGCACUGUCUGGAGUGGUGCUGUUGACGGAGGAUUCCAGUGCUAUCAAACUGGUGUUAAGUUUUCUGAAUUUCUUUUGAAGAGGGCUGCCUGAUCUUUGAGGAUAAGCUGUAAUUCCUACCUACUGUAAUUCCUGGCCCUAGACAUUACGUAUGCUUCUAUUUUUGGUCCACUCCCUGUAUGCAAUUACAAUGUAAUUGCAAAGCAAUUACAAUAAUUAACACAUAUACCCUCAAACAUAGGAUCUGAAUUCAGGGCUUACAUGCUUAAGCAUUACUUUCAUAAUCCUUAAUUCAAAUUUCAUUUCAUUUAAUUUCUUUUAAAGCAAAUAUAUCAUCAAAUUGCUUCGCAUAUUAUCAUACGUGAAUUGACAUGUUGGAAUCUGGUUUGCUUAUUAUACCUUGAAGUCUUCCACAUAUUUUUGCAUUAUACGUAAUUAACUGAAUUUUUAACUGGUUAACGGAAACAAGUAAAACAACAUCCAGAAUCUCUGGAAAUGUCUGUUUACUAGGAAGGAUGUAUUAAUACUGCAACAAUAUUUUAAAAACUCGUCAGUUUCAAAUAAAAACAAGUGGCUUGUAAAUGGAAUCGAAUAAGACAUUUGGCUGGGACUGUCCGGCAGUCUGAAUAUCUGGACGUUCGGCGCUUAGUCUUUAAUUGGAUUAAUAGCUCUUUCGGCUUCGAGGCGAAGGAGGGCUCCGUCUUUCUCCAGUCCGGUCUGUGUGAGCGCCCCCUAGUGUCCGCGUGAAAGCGCUGCUGUGAUAUGAAUCUCUGCGCUCUUGCCACACAGUCUGCGGCAGCGAUUGAGAAACGCAGGAGAUCAGCUUGAGAUCGCAGACGUGACGGCUGGAGAUGCGCUUCCCUUUGAGUUCCGUCUUAGCCUUAAGCGUCUGCACACUUCGCUGUUUAUGGUUUUAUUGUCCUGUCUAGAGAAGCCUGCAGUCUGUCACGUCCCAAGAUGCCUUACGAAUGGCUGGUAAACUCUUGAUAGCUCCGUUAAUGGAUUCUAGCUCAGUAUCAGAUUCCGAUGUUCGGAAACAAACCGAGUGUAAGUUUCUUAUUGUAUAUCCGGAACUGCAUGUUAAUGGGAUAACAGUUAUUAAAAAAAAAUACUACAAUGAUACAGGAAUUAUUAUAUAAUAUUGCACUGUAAUGCCAAUGGCGAAUUG